CGCGCGUGAGAGAGAGAGAGAGAGAGAGAGAUGCAUGGCGUUUUCUGUGCGGUCGGGAUAUUAGGACACGAACUGUAAAUGAUUCACAUUUUUGUGAUAUUUCAAUGAUAUUUGCGCAUAAUGGACGUGUUGUGUUUUUCCUCGUGGAUCUUGUGGUUGGGGUGGAUGAUGGGAAACAGAUCGGCCAGAGCCAUGCUGAGUGACAUAGGUGACUAUGUGGGUACAGACAUUGAGAUAUCCUGGUUGCCAAAUCUGGAUGAUUUAAUGAAAGGCUACGCUCGAAACUUUCGGCCAGGCAUCGGAGGACCUCCUGUAAACGUGGCCAUGGCUGUUGAAGUAGCCAGUAUUGACCAUAUCUCAGAAGCCAACAUGGAAUACACCAUGACUGUGUUUCUGCGUCAGAGCUGGAGAGAUGAUCGUCUGUCCUACAACCACACAAAUAAAACUCUGGGUCUGGACAGCCGCUUUGUAGACAAACUCUGGGUACCAGACACGUUCAUUGUGAAUGCCAAAUUCGCCUGGUUUCAUGAUGUUACGGUGGAGAACAAGCUCAUUCGCUUGCAGCCUGAUGGAGUCAUUCUGUACAGCAGCCGAAUAACAUCUACAGUGGCCUGUGACAUGGACCUUACCAAAUACCCCAUGGAUGAACAGGAAUGUAUGCUGGACCUGGAAAGCUAUGGUUACUCUUCAGAAGACAUUGUUUAUCACUGGUCAGACAGUCAGAGACAAAUCCACGGACUGGACAAACUGGAGCUGUCCCAGUUUACCAUCACAGAUUAUCGCUUUGUGACGGAAAUUAUGAACUUUAAAUCUGCGGGACGGUUUCCGCGACUCAGUUUGCGUUUCCAGCUACGACGGAAUCGAGGAGUUUACAUCAUCCAGUCCUACAUGCCCUCCAUCCUGUUGGUCGCCAUGUCGUGGGUUUCCUUCUGGAUCAGCCAAUCAGCUGUGCCUGCUAGGGUUUCUUUAGGGAUCACAACAGUUCUCACUAUGACGACACUGAUGGUUAGCGCUCGCUCGUCGCUGCCCCGCGCCUCUGCCAUCAAAGCUCUGGACGUGUAUUUCUGGAUCUGUUAUGUCUUUGUAUUCGCUGCCUUGAUUGAAUAUGCUUUUGCUCACUAUAAUGCAGACUACAGCAAGAAGGAGAAAGCCAAAGUCAAGAGCAACAAGAGCACCGAGUCUAUGGUGAAGAAUGGAAAGCAGGCCAUGGUUCUCUUCUCGCUGUCUGUGGCUGGCAUGAAUCAGGGCCUCCUCAUCUCAAAGAGACAGAGCCGAGCCCAGCGGUCCGCGGACGCUCCGCCCAACGUGCAGGAGGACAGCAGCGAGGUGCGUGCCGCUCAGUCCCGUCGAGCGCAGAAAGAAAGCGGCGAUGACAAGAAAUGCUGCAAAUGCAAACCCAUCGAUGCUGACACCAUCGACAUCUACGCUCGCGCCGUCUUCCCUUUCACCUUCGCCGUGGUCAACGUCAUCUACUGGGUGGCGUACACCAUGUGAAUGACUCCCUUCUGCAUGUACACAAAUCUAUGCCAUAUCAUGAGGUUAUCAUAUAGUAUAUCAACAUUAUGAAACUCUAUGAUUUAUGAAAUGAUGAACUGCUUAUGAAUAUAUUCAUGCACUGGUGUUGUGUAGGUUCUUGAAUGUUUGCGUUAAAUUAUAUUUAAGACGAGCAAAGUUUUGCUUUCUUAUUGCUGUUCUGCUCUUAGUUGCCCUUCAAUCUCUAUAUCCCUCUCUUCUUCUUCUUCUUCUUCAUUAUAUUUGCACCAGAAUAUCUUCUCUGUGCUGGUACGAGUGAAUAAUGUUGGAAUAAAGCAGAACUUGGAAUGAUUCUGUUGUCUUCGUUCAGGCAAAUCUUUGAUAACAUUUCUGAUCAUAGAAGUAAUCAUUUAAAAGAAAUGAUUUAUUUGCCCUGUGACUAAUAUGGACUAACCAGAUUUGAGUAUUUAAUAUGUCUUUUUGUUUGCAUCAAAUAUUUAACAAACGUUGAGUUUUGCCACGUGUGGGACAACUUAUUAUUAACAAUGUCUUUAUUCUGUGCAUAUUUACACUACACCGUGUACUGUAGCUGAUCAAACUUGAGAGUGAAUCUGCAGAUGGCAGUCAUGAAUGUGUACAAUAGACAAACAGUGUGCAGUACAUUAUAAUCUUUGUGUUUUACUUCACUUUUACAGUACAAUUACAAGUCAGAAAUCACAACCUCUCAAAUCUGAAACUGAUUUUUCAUCUUCACAAUCUAAUUCACGGCGUGAAAUAUCCAAAACUAGCUCACAAUCUAAGAUUUUCGAUGUUUUGGAAUAGCCUAAUUUUUAACAAAUUCGAUGUCAAUCAAAUGUAUUCCUUGAAAGAGUGUUGAAAUCUUCUCCAAAAGUACAAAAUCCACACCGAAUCAUGUGGCAAUGCAAAUAUCCCAUCAUCAACUCGACGCAUUUACGGUCAAACUGACACACAAGAAGCAGAUGGCUGACAGCAGUAGAUCAUCAUCACACCGAGCUUCAGUCCGGUCAGCAUACAACAGGAGACAGUGGACACAGACACAAUCCACUGGAUCCCUUCCACUGAGUUGCAUGUACGGCAGAAUGUUCUCUUUUUCAUAAGGUUAAGACUUUAUUUCUAAUUAGACAAAUAAAUAAAGGAUUAUUUGUUAAAUAUGAUAAUCAGCUCAUCACAUAAACUAUAAGAGAAUACACUUAUGGCAAGGUCUAAAUAACAAGAUAUGAAUAUUGUUAAAGACAGUAUUAUUGCAGUAAUAGAUAGGCUACAUUAGAAAUGUAUGUGGAAACUUCUGUGGUGUUACAAAAGAAUCUGUGAGACAUCUUUUCUUUGAUUGUAUAUAAUAUAUUAAAAAAUGUUUUGGAUUGACGUCUCUAGUUUUUCUUCUAGAUUAUUAAAAACUUUAAUUCAAAUUGA